UCAGUGGUUAGCACAUAGUGUUGUUACGAAGAUUAUUACUGAAAUAGUGAAAUCUGAAAGUUAAAAUUAGUAAAAUAUGCUCCAUUUACUAAAAACACCGCUAUGGAAGUGCUCAGCAGCUAAUUCGUUCUCCAAAAGCAGACAAAUACACAUCAGCUACUUGCGCAAUUGCAGUAGCCAAAAGGAUGGCGAAAAAAAUCAUCCAGAAACAACUUCCGAACUGCCGGUUGAGAAAAGACUAGGAGGUUUCGCGAAAGCUUUCGAGAAACAUUCCGCGCCCGUCGUGGAAAGCAGUGAUAAUGAACCUCCGAAGACGUUUGCCUCCCUGCUGAGAAAUUCCAAAUUUAUCGAUUUGGGUGAUCCGGAAAAUAAGAUUGUUACGGGAAAAAUCUUUCAUGUCGUGGAAGACGAUUUGUAUAUCGAUUUUGGUUGGAAAUUUCACUGCGUCUGUGUUAGACCGCAGAAAAAUGCUGAAGAAUACGUUCGGGGAACACGAGUUCGGCUACGGAUUCGCGACCUAGAACUGUCAACACGGUUUCUUGGAUCAGAUAAAGAUCUCACACUGCUAGAAGCGGAUUGCCAGUUAUUAGGAAUAAUAAGUUCUCCAGUUAGAAAUGUGCAACCCCUGUUAGCAGAACAGUCGUAACGUAAGGGUAAGUCGCGUUCUACUAGAUAAUCACGAAAUAUGGUUGUACCUAUUAGUUUA